CGGCGAAGAAACUGUUGUUCCGCGUGGUUCUGCAAAUCUCCACCAAAACAGUGAACACUUCCCGGUCGUCGUUAUCUUGACGCUGCUGUAGGUCAAGGUCACUCCGUCACACGUGAUAACAACGCACCCUGCUGGGUGCGCUUCCAGUCCGAGUCUACAAUGUUGGCGGGAAGCACGUCCGGUGGUUCCUUCUUGAGAGUGGUUUUGAGAGUUGUGAUUCUCGGUUUAGUGCUUGGCGAAAGUUUGGCCGGUGAAGUGUAUCGGGACGAGCAAUGUGCCGUGUUGGAUGCGGGAUUCGAUCCGAGGAUUGGUCAUGGCGAAGAAGCUGAUAAGUCUGAUUGGCCAUGGCAUGGGGCGUUGUUUUUCGGGAGACUGUACAAAUGUGGCUGUACGCUGGUCAACGAGUGGUUCGUGUUGACGGCGGCUCAUUGCUGCUUCAAUCCGGACACCGGGUACGGCUUCAGUGUGGCGUUGCUACGAGUGAAGUUGGGUGUGUUUGAUCUGAGUCAGCAUCACGUUGAUCAGCGCACGGCCUGGGAGUACGAAGUGGAUUCGGUGAAGGUCCAUCCGGAGUUUACCACGGGCGGUCACCGGCAUGAUCUUGCACUGAUGCUGCUGAAGAAGAGCGUCGAGCUGAAUCAGUUUGUGCGUCCGAUUGCUUUGGAUGUUGGAGAUAGCUCGUGGAUCGAGCUAUCGGCGGGUACUUCAGGGACGGUAGUCGGUUGGGGACUUACUGAGAGUGAUACGCUUUCCAACGAACUACGGCUAGCGCAGAUGCCCAUCGUUCGCUACGUGGACUGUGCCAUGAGCAAUCCGGCCGUGUUCGGCCAGCUGAUCCACACGGGAAUGUUCUGCGCUGGAGCGAAGAACGGUUGGUCCCGGAAACAUCGUGGCGGAUCUGUUAGUAACGGUUGGUAUCACUUGGUUUCAGGUUCUUCCGUUUGUAAUGGUGACAGUGGUGGUGGGAUGUACGUGUCGUCCAGGGAUAACCAGUGGAAGCUGCGAGGAGUAGUCUCGUUUGGAGCGACGCGUGACGGAACAAAUCUCUGUGAUUUGUACAGCUUUGCGGUGUUUGUGAAUGUUCCACACUAUAAAGAGUGGAUCCAACAGGAGUUGGACUCUUUUGAUAGGCAAGUUCGGGUACCACGCAUCAUGAAUCCUGACGUCAGUACUGGUACGAGCACCACAACAUCAACCACAACUACAAGUACCACGACGUGGUCCCCCCCAACGAACACCGCACUUAACCCAACUCCUCCGGAGUGCUUCCAGCAGUUCAAAAGUGUAUUCAUUGCGGAACGCAACUCCAGCAUUUCACUGGUGUGUAAUUACGAGCCAAACAGCACAAUCCGGUCAAUCCGGUGGACGCGUGAAAUCGGGGAAUACCGCCAACAGGUGGAACUCUCAUCGGAUCUAACCUACGGAGAGUCCGUACGUAAUGACAUUCUCACGUUGCUACACCUGGAAGCGGACCACUCGGGACGGUACAGUUGCGCUGUGGAGUACGGUGAUCGAACAAGCGUUCGGGAUAACCGAACCGUGUCCGUGAUUGGAGUGAUUCCCCGGUUUGAUCGGGGAGCUUACAUGGCGCUUCCGAUUAGGAUUCGUGGGGAUUACUUCAACUUGAAGUUGAGUUUCCACGUUGAGAAGCUCAGUGGGACGUUGUUUCACGCGGAGGACGGCUGCGGUAAGGAGUUGGUUAGCGUUGUGUUGAAUAAUGGAAAAGUCGAGUUUCAGUAUUGGACGGAGCGCAAUACUACGAGGAAGAUUACCAGCUUGGAGAAUGGGGUUCAGCUGGGGCAGUGGCACAAGCUUGAAAUCAAAAUACUUCACGGAAAAGGGUUAUUCCUGUUGGACAAACGACUGCAGGAGUUGUUCCACGCGGAUAUCGCUUCUGAAAGUUGUUAUGUUGGUCAAAACUUUGUCUACCUUGGAGGUUAUGAAAAUUCCGUCGAAAGUGGACUUGUUGGAUGCAUUAGUGGUUUGGUGUUGAACGACGAGCAGAUUGAUUUGUGGAAAAGUUCUACUCGAGUCCGAAAUGUAACUCAGUGUUUACCUUGCUUCGAGAAUUCAUGCCAAAAUGGGGGCGUCUGUGUGGAAUCACUUGGGUCGGAUCCGGUUCAGUGUUUUUGUGAAGAAGGAUUCGUAGGCAGGAGAUGUUCUAACCGAGGGACUGGAUGCAGUUCGAAUCCAUGUCGGGAUGGGAUUUGCAAGGAUCAUGAAGAAGGAUUUCGUUGCAUGUGUCCAAACGAUAAAACUGGGAGAUUCUGUGAGCGACCAAACGUUCUAUCUGGUGAAUCGUUACGAUUUGACUCGUACGGUUAUGCACUUUACAGAAUCACCAGUGCAACCAAUCUUCAGAUACGAUUCCAAGUGAAAAUCAGCGUAGAGCAACGUAGCUUGGUUGCCUUCCUCUCGGAGGACAACUAUGAUGCCAACAAUGGUAUUGCUCUACUUUUGGCAGACAAUAAGCUGCAGCUGCAAAUUUUCCAAGAUAUGGAAGUCAAACCGUUGGUUCUUCAAUCAUCAGUUGCUCUAAAGUUAGACAACUGGUACUCCGUGUUGAUCGAACUUCAGGGAAAAGAAGUCUACUUCCAAGUCGAUUACGAAUCCGCUCUGAUUACAAAUGUGUCGUCCAGAUCGGACGAAAGGGAUCGCAAUUUGCAUCUUGGAGGACUGGAUGAACACAUCAAUAGCUAUCGAUUCAAUGGAUCGAGGAUAGGAUUCAGCGGAUGCAUUGGAGAGCUGACAAUCUCAAACGUUCCACUGAACAUGUCCACGAGCUUCAGCAACGCCAAAAACGUCGAAAAUUGCCACUAACUGCGCCCAAACUGCGAUCGCGCCAGCAAUAAAAAUUAAACUGUAAUUAAAAUUAUGACUCCCUGUAACACGUCCCCAUCUUCCCUGUUGAUUGUGUCGAAACUUGUCCGAAAGUUCUACCCGGAACAACCGAACAGACCCGCGAACCCUGAAUUAUUCCACCACAUAAUUUCCCAUUAAAAAGGGGCUUGGCGGUUGGUGGCACCAUCUGGCCGCCACGUCGUCCUUGGAAUGAUGUGUAAAGUCCUCCCAGGGCUUUUUUUCCCCCUCCCCGGACCGGAAGUUUGGCAGCAGCUGCAAUCUCGAGUGGCCUCCGGAACUCUGUGAACCAACCAGCCGCUCCGGUUCAUUACGCAUGCAACCGGCAUAAAAUGAUGGGUUUUCCGGUGGGUGGGUGUGUGUGUGUGUAUCGGACUGUUCCCGGUAUCAGCCACAUUCAAACGGCUUGUCCCCCCGGGGGAUUAUGAGGCAAUUGACGUCGAUGUUUGUGCCAGAUUGGGCUGUAAAAAUGGGUUGUUUGUUUGAUUGAUUUGUGAGUAUGUGGAUUGCCGGUAGGGCAUCUAUUAAAAUCCAUCCAUUUUAUUUUAAAAUCUGGUUUUAAAUUGUUUAAAUAGUAAAUCUGGAAAUUGUUAAGAAGAUUACUUGAAUAAAUUUCAAACAUUCAUUUGAACAUUUUUGCUAGUAGUUUUAUCAUAGGAGCAAUUCUUUACGAAAUCGGCCCAUUUCGAACUUUGUGGGGGCCUUCCCUAUCAUCAAAGAAGCCAUUUUGUGUCAUUGGUUCACCCAUACAAAUCUCCACACAAUUUUGUAUGGAAAUAAAUAUUCGAAAAUCUGUAACAUUUCAAGGAUUUUUUUGAUUGGUCUUCAGUAAAG